AUCACACGGCUGCCCCUAGCGGACGACGAGAAGAGCGUUAGCGUGGAGCUUGCGCAACGGAGGCGUCCCCGCAUGCGCAAGCCACCAUGUUAUGGAGGACUCAUGGCGACUUCCUGAUGUGAGAGCAGGCCAGUGAAAUUCCCUUCAUGUCUGCCGUGGAACCUCGUUCCAACUCGGCUCUCUUCAAGAGAGCCGAGCAGUUACGACGAUGGAACGAAUCCGACACGAACAAGGAACCUCUGAUGCCCAAGGCCUUGGACAGGAGAGUGAGCUUCUCGCAGGGAUGCGUGUUUCUUGCUGCAUGUGCAGCUGGGGACAAGCCCGAAGUGAAACGCCUUCUGGACAAAGGGGCUGACAUCGACACUGCCAACGUCGAUGGUCUGACGGCCCUGCAUCAGGCAUGCAUCGAUGACAACUUGGAUAUGGUUGAAUUUCUCGUCGAUCAUGGGGCAGACGUGAAUCGUGGUGAUAAUGAAGGCUGGACUCCCCUUCAUGCCACUGCUUCAUGUGGAUUCAUCAGUAUUGCUAGGUUUUUGAUUGAAAGAGGUGCAAAUGUUGCUGCAGUCAACAAUGAUGGUGAUCUCCCAAUUGAUAUUGCUGAAUCCGAUGACAUGGAGCAUUUGCUUCAAGAGGAAAUUGAUAAACAGGGCAUUGAUUGUGAGUUGGCAAGGAAUGAAGAGGAAAGGAUCAUGUUGGAUGAUGCUAAGCAGUGGCUAAACAUUGGAAUUAAUGAUGAAGUCCCUCAUCCCAAGACUGGUGCUACAAGUCUUCAUGUUGCUGCUGCUAAGGGUUACAUCAAAGUCAUGAACGUUUUACUGCAAGCAGGAGUAGACAUCAAUGCACCUGACUAUGAGGGAUGGACUCCAUUGCAUGCUGCUGCUCUUUGGGCACAGAGGGAAGCCUGUGAACUGCUUGCUGAAAACAUGUGUGACAUGGAUACCAAGAAUUAUGUGGGUCAAACAGCCUUUGACGUCGCUGAUCCUGAAGUACUCCCGGUUUUGGAAGAGUUGAAGAAGAAGCAGGCAAGUCUGAAGAAGGACAAGCCUGAAAUUCAGGAAAUCCUCAUGAAAAGACCUCAACCACCACUAAGAAGGAGGUCAUCUGUAACUCGCAUGUCUGGCUCAGACAAGUCAAAUAUCAUUUCUAAAGACGCUUCACUUGAGCGGCAGCACUUAAUAGACCAGGCCAUCUCAGAGGAAGGGAAACGGAAGAAGGUCAGUUCUUCAGAAACUGAAACUGAAAGUGAGAGGGAUGAAAUAUCUUCUGGUAGUGCCGAGCAAACGGAGAGUGAAGAGGAGACAUCAGAAUCCGAGUCUGGUUCUGAGCCCAGCCCUGAUGAGCUGAGUAAUAGUAGUUUAGAUGAUGAGGGUAAGUGUCUCAAUGUCCCCCAGCUUCCUAUGAUGCAUUCAAGACGAUCUGGUGGUGGUGGUGGUGGUGCUCAUGGUAUGAAAAAGGGGUUUGAUGGUGAACAUAGUCCAGCAUACACCCCCCCUUCCGCUUCAGAUAAGAGUGAUGAAGAGGGGGUGCAGGGCUGGAGGAGGCCAGGAUCUCUUCGGAGCAUGGGAGCUAAUGAAGGAGGCAGGGAGAAGUUGAUCAUGCCCAACAGCAAAGACAAUGGGACUUUCCCUGGUGUUCAACUCAGGAGAGCCACCAGCCUUUUGGAAUCAGACAAAAAAUUCUACGAUCGCUAUCAGGAAUUGAAGCGCCGGAUAGCUGUAUAUGAACCAUUGAGAACCCUCUCUCGGAAUGCCCCUGGUUGUUCUGCCAGAACUAAUCCUGUGCCUGUCAGAGACCUGGAGCCUUUGAGUGCAUCCUCUUCGGGAGGGGCCACUCCGACCUCCCCUGCUGCCACCCAGCCCUCUCAAGUUCGAAGGUCAUUUGUACCCCCGGUGAGAGAUGAGGAAUCUGAGACUCAGCGAAAGGCACAUGCCAAGCGUGUGCGAGAGACCCGGCGGUCAACUCAAGGGGUGACACUGGAAGACAUAAAAGCAGCACAGCAGACCCUGAGAGAGAAGCAGCUGCCUACAACUACCACAAAUGCUACUUCAAUUGGUACAACCACUGCCACCAUCACCACAACCAAUGCUCCCUCUGCCAACCCCUCAGCUGCAGAAGUGCCUGCUCCAGUGCCAUCUGGUGCCACUCCAACUGUGCCUACCACAUCCUCAAAGCUGCCAUCUAGUCAAGCAAUGGAGAGACGUCCAUCUUGGAAGCUCCGCCUUGAUGAAGGCGACAAGAACAAAUUCCUACUUGAGGAAGUGAGAGGACGACCUCCAAUCCCUAGAAGUUCUGCCGGUCUUGAGUCUUCCAGCACAGGCCCUCCUAUAUCAUCCCUAAGGAUAAAGAAAGAGCCUGAAGAAAUAGAUGAUAAAGAAAAUCGGGAAAGUGCAACCCAACUGGCAAUCCUUCGGAAGAGGAGACCCAAGAGAAGAUCAACUGGCAAAGUUCAAGUGGAUGUGGAUGAGAUUGAUCCAGACAAGAAGAGUGGGGAUGAGGAAGUGAAUGAAGAAGAGGCUCCUCACAUUGCUCAGGAAUCCUCCAAUGUUCAUCUGCCGUGGGGGAUACGGUGGGGAGAACCUGUGGAGUCGGCUCGGGCCCUCGCCCUCGUCGUCUUAUGCCUCCAGCUCCAUGUCCAAGCCUUAUUCCUCCUCCUUGCCCUAUUCCUCGUCUUCAGUCCCUUAUUCCUCGUCCUCGAUCCCUUACUCCUCGUCGACCAGCCCCUUCUCUUCUUCGUACGCCUCGUCCUCGAGUCCUUAUUCGUCAAGUGGAGCCUAUUCCGCCUCUCCUCGGAGCACGACGUCCUCGUAUAA